UUAACUAAAAUUCUACCACCCAAACUGGGGGUAAAAUCAUCUCCCAAUCACACCAUAAGUUUUAAUAGUAAUUUCUUUAUUUUUCUUCCUAAAAGCUAGGGUUUCCAACAAAAAGUUCCCCAAAUCCUUUUCCUUCAUCGAUUUCUUCUUCUUUACCCUCUCAACUCACCAUCCUCUUCUGAAAAACACCAAACUUGAAGGGCAAGGAGAAGUUUUUAUAGUUUUUUUUUCUUUUUCAAGGAAAUUUUUGGGGGCUAUCCAUCUCUGGUUGGUUUCUCUCCUUUUUAUGGCAUUUGAAUGCCAAGAAUCAUUUCAUUUGGUACCAAGCAAUUCAAUUAUUGUAUCCUCUCUAAGUUCUGAUCUUUCCUGCGUUUUGAGGCCAAAUUUCCCUCAAAAAACCCUAAAGAAGCAAACUUUACCAAACCCUAAAGAAGAAGAUAACGGUGGCGGCGGUGGCGAUUCUGGUUCCAAUGGCCGAAGAUUGAUUACUGAUCUCCCGGCUGCCUUGGUCUCUGAAAUCUUCCAUUGCCUCGACGCCAAAGAUUUAGGGAUUGUAGCUUGUGUAUCAACACUCCUCAACAAUCUAGCCACCAAUCACUUGGGGUGGAAGAAGUUCUAUUUCGAGAGAUGGGGACCACCGUCGAGCCCAUCUCCCGAUUCGGGCAAAUCAUGGAACGAGCUGUUUGUCGAGAGGCAGCUCAAGAGCAAAUGCUUCAUGGGUCGGUACACUAUGGACAUCCUUCAUGGAGUUUGCGGCAAUACGGAGGUGAAAGCUGUUCGGGCUGUUUUCCUCUUGAAAACAUCAAAGCUGAUAUUUACUUCGGGCUACGAUUCGAUUGUGAGAAUGUGGGGUAUGGAGGAUGGGAUUUUGAUUGCUGGGUCUCGCCCGCUAGGGUGCACGAUUCGGGCUAUAGUAGCAGAUGAUGAUAUGUUGCUUGCUGGUGGUGAUGGAUUCAUUCAGGGUUGGAGGGCAAUUGAAGGAAACCCACAUUGUUUUGAUCUCACGGGUAAUAAUGAGCUCAGGAUACGGGGUCAUGAAGGGCCGAUUACUUGCCUAGGAUUGGACUCACAAAGAAUUUUCAGUGGUUCAUGGGAUAUGAGUAUUCGUAUUUGGAGUAGAACAAGCUUGAAGUGCUUGAAGAAGCUGAUGCAUGUUGAUUGGGUUUGGUCCUUAGCCCCUUGUGGCUCUACUGUGGCUAGUACAGCUGGUAGUCAUGCCUAUGUUUGGGAUAUCGAAAGUGGAGAGCUUGUGGAUCUUGUGCGCAAUGCUCACAUGGGCAAAGCUACUUCUGUUGCUCGAAGUUUCUUGGGGGAUCUUUUGUUUACCGGUGGGCAAGACGGUGCUAUUCACAUGUUUGAGGUUAGGAGUUCAACAUCAGUUGAUGGAAUCCGGAUGAUUGCGACAUGGAAACCUCACACGGAUCAUGUUAACUCUCUUGCGUUUGAGUUCCCGUGGCUUGUUUCUGCUUCUAGUGAUGGAAGAUUGGCUUUGAUCAAUGUGAGAAAUUUUCUUCAAUGUUCAAGAGCUAAGAAGUCAGUAUUGUGCGCUGUUGAGCCCCCUCAGAGAAUGCUUCAUGGAUUUGGGAAAGAUUUAUAUUCCAUUGCUGUUGGUGCUGAUAGGAUUAUAUGCGGGGGUGAAGAGGGUGUAGUUAGGGUUUGGAACUUUUCACAAGCUCUGGAGGCUGCAAAGAGAGCUCAGAAUUUAAGGAGUAUUCGAUUGGAGAAUAGAAUGAGGCGUAGGAAAGCACAGAUUGAGUUGAAUGCUAAGAGCGGGCGACCUGAUCAGAGCUUGGCAUCGCCAAAGAAGACUCAGAUGAGCGGGAGCAGAAACGGGAUUUGGAAGGGGAAGCAGCGUGACAGGAAGAACUGAUCCGACUUUGGGUAAUGAACGAAAAUUUAAAUUAAGGGUUACUUCUUUGAUUGUGUAGCAUUGAUUUUAGGAGCUUGUUAUUUGAGUUUGCAUAGUUAUACUCAUAUUUAUGCAUGGAAGUCUUUUUUCUUGAAAGCCAGUGUUUCUACCUACCUACAUGUAUGAAAAUCAUUUGAUUGAGCAGUUAUAUAUCUGUUUUGUUCUCUAUAAGCAUAAUUCAAUGGAGGCAAUUAGCAUUUCUCUG